AUGGCCUUCAGCGGCUUUCGCGCAUGGGAUCUUUCCCGCGGCCAGCAGGAAUUCAACUUCAAUUCUCCGAUUCAAAACAACCCUUUUCGUUCAAAUGAUGAGCUAUGUAACGAGUGUUCACUACUCGACCUUGAGGCCGCCUUCGAUCGAGCGCAUAACCUGUACGAAGAAGCCCGUCGUGGACAUAACACCCGAAAGCUCGUCACAUGCCGUGGGCCAAACGGCCCAACCUACCUCCGGGACUUCUACUUCGUCACAUCUUUUGGCAGGCGUCUUUCCGAGGAACGCCUCUGCAAGCUAUGCUCUUUCUUCAGACAACAUGCCCAAGAACCUGCCAAGGGGACCUACAAGUUGCUCGCAAUCUGCAGCAGUGAGACAAGUCUCUUCGAGCCUCUGAGAAAGAACGCGAGGGGUCGGUGGGUCAGACGACCGUGGCGUGAUAUGGAAUACAAUGUCUUGCUGGCAGUCGUGCCGGAGUUGCAUGGCGUACCGAGAACCGGAGUUCCUCUGCGAUGGCUGGAGACGGAGCUGCCUAAGAAGGGCUCGAUCUAUCGACUAACCCAGGACGUGGAGGGUGAAGAUGGCCGGCGACUCAUCCUUCCAGAGCGACUGGAUCCAAAGGCGGACAUGGAACUCGUGGGUUACUGGCAAUACACCUGUGGGGCAUCUCACGGUUCACACUGCUCACCCAAGAAGCCACCCGGUGCGUCGCUCCGAGGGUUCAGGGCCAUCAACUGCAAUAAGCGACCUAUGUCCCCUGAGCCAGUAUCGUGGGGUGAAAAAUAUGCCGCGCUGAGCUAUGUGUGGGGGCCAGGUGAGGAGAAGUGGCCGCAGACAAUCAAGGAUGCAGUGACAGUUACCAGGAUGAUGGGUUUGAAAUACCUCUGGGUGGAUCGACUGUGCAUCGAUCAGAACAACCUGGAGGAAAAGAUGUUUCUCAUUUCGAAGAUGGAUGCCAUCUACGAAGGCGCCGAGGUCACCAUCAUCAACGCCGCGGGAGACGCUCGGACGGGACUACCUGGCGUGGGCAACACCCCAAGGACGCCGCAGCCUACAGUCCAGCUUGAUCCCUUCAGAGGCAAGACCGUAGCCUCGAGGCCAACGGACGCGUACCUCGAUCUUUUAAACGUCCGCCAAGUGGAUUACGACGCAGAGACCCAAGGACACUCGAUGUGGCUCGAUACUUAUCGACAUGGUUUGAAGCAACAUAUGGAGAUUCCCCUCGACGAAAUGAUGGGCCUUAGUUCCAGGACAGAUGAAUAUGGCAUCCCCGAGGACCACCUUGAAUUUCAUGAAAGCAACGCGGAGUAUUUCGGCAUCCCAUUUGAUGAGUUCAUGGAGAAGCAGCUAGAGUUGGCUCGCCGCAUUGGCAUCCCGUUUACAGAGUUGGUGCCUUGGCUCAUGAGAGAAACUGCCAGGAAGAAGGGGAUCCCAGACGACCAACCUCUGCCGUCCAAGGUGCCCGGUGAAACCAUGACAGAUUCCAGCAAGCCCGUGACGCCGUUGCCCCCAGGCAAGAUCCCAGAGAAGACGGUGCUCGUAUCGACAAUGCAAGAUCCGAGAGUGACCAUCCGGAAUUCCCAAUGGGCAACACGUGGAUGGACAUAUCAGGAAGGGGUUCUCUCUAGGCGAUGCCUAGUCUUCACCAAGGAACAGAUAUACUGGGAAUGCCGCGGCAUGGCUGUGAACGAGACGGUCAGAUUGCCUUUGCCAGCUUUGCACGCGCCCACCGAAACCGGCCGCAGCUGGCUGUUCGCAGAUUACAUGCUGUCUGGCAUCUUUCGUGGCGACAUGCAUGCCACCCCCGAACUCCAGUUUGGGUUCCGGUCUGAAGAGGAUGACGACGGCCGAAGCCAAAUCAAGGCUCUGGACGGCCAUAUCAGGUCCUUCACAGCCCGAAACUUGACCAACCCUGUUGAUUCCCUGAACGCCUUUCUCGGGAUAUCGGCUCGGUACUCCAAGAAUGCCGACAACGGCUUGUCGCUCCUUCUCGGAAUCCCGAUUUGGGCUGGAGCGUUUGCAGAUGGACGGCCAGGACUGCAGCAUAGCUUUGCCAUGUCGGUGUCGGCUUGGUUCCACACCGGAAGCCCGGUAGAGCCUGGGUCGGAGCUCUACGUCUCUGGUUGUCCUCGGCGGUCUCAGUUCCCAUCCUGGACUUGGAUCGGCUGGCAAGGCCGUGCUGAUUUCAACGGCGAUAAUACCGACCCGGGUGUGGAAGGUGAUGAUGAAGACUCCCGUGGUGACGACGCCCACAUCGACUUUUUCGCCGCCAUGACAUCUCCAGACUGGGUGCGGAGUGUUAGCCACAUUUGGUCCGCGGAAAUGAUGCUCCAUUCCGAGGAUGGUCGCUUCUCGACACUUCUCGAGGGGUUUCUAUCGCUGCAGGAUUUCAACGACUCAACCAAGAAAUGGCUCCUGACUGUCAAGCGUCCUCUCGUCCUCAAACACCUGCACAUGAUGCCCUCCAAGUAUUCCGAGGAGUGGAUGCGACUGAUGGGUAAACACGUCGAGCUGCACAUGUCGGAGACCGUGACAGAGGAAGAGCUGAGAAAGGGUCAUCAGUCUGGAACAAUGGUGAGUGUCUUGGUGUUUGCGGCCACAGUGCCCUUUGUAUGGGAUGGCAGAGCGAGGUUCUUGGUCUUGCGGAGGGUUGAUGCUGCUGGGACACGAUGGGAAAGGAUAGGAAGUUUGGUCUUGACUAUGGAGGAACACUUGAUGGAUAAAUAUUCGGACUCGGAAAGCAUGGUUAGAGAUUUACCCGUACAGGCGUAUAGCAAUGACCUUGUAGUGGUGUAG